GAUUGUGGGAGGUACGCCAUUUUCGUGUGAAGAUAUCCCUAUUUACACUAUGUUUUCUUGGCACGCGGGUAUUUCAGCUGUUGCAUUUUACAAUGUCGUAGUACUGUUGUCCUGAAUCUGCAAACAUAACUUCAACUCAAUCUGCAUAGUCUGCAUUUUAUUCUUGAUACUGUGGCCCACAAUAAAAAAAAAAUGCUGCACAAGGGAUGGAUCAAUCCACUGCCCCUGCUUCCAAGCCCAGCUCCGGUCGCAUCAUAUCUCACAAUAUCCACCUUCUCAACGACAGCUAUGAUGAUCAAGAAACAGGAAGCCUUCCUUCCCAGCAGAAGCCUGAAGGUGAUGGACUGCACCAGGAAAACCUACCGCCCGCAGGGAGCAGAGCAAUGGCAUUAGAUAACAGCAUGGGAGGGGAGUUGCCGGGGGUUGAGCAGCCUGAUGUGGGUGACAGGUACUCAGAGCAGUUCAGAGACUCACUGGAUGAGCGUCCCGCGAGCAACUCGUCAGCUGACAGUCGUGGCAUGGAUGACUCUCCCAUUGAUGAGAAUCCUGUGAACUCUCAAGAUAGCCUUAAAGUAGAGAAGCAGUAUCAGGAUGAUUUGAAGGAACGGGUCAGGCAGUCCUUUAAAGAUCUCGGAAUGGAGCCUGAAGGCAUCCUCAGGGACAGCCUUGAGGAACCAAGUAAGAGUGGCAAGAGAAAGAAGAGAAAGCCCACAUCUAACACAGAGGCCAACACCACAGGGGACAGUGGUGAAGACGAACCAUCCGAUGAUGGUAAUGAGCCUACUAGUGAUGUCCCUGCCAACCCUGCUAGUUAUGCAGAUGAACCCUCCAGGCAUGCAACUGAGCCAUCGGACAGUGCAGAUGACCGUGCAGCUCCUGCAGAUGAGCCCACUGGUUAUUCAGAUGAACCUGCUGGCUAUGCAGAUGAGCCUGCAGGUUAUUCAGAUGAGGCUGCUGGCUAUGCAGAUGAGCAUCCUGGUUAUGCAGAUGAGCCUUCUGGUUAUGCAGAUGAGCAGAAAAGCUAUUCUAAAGAUCCUGAACAACACAGUGAGCCUUUUCUUGGUUCAGAUGAACCAGCAGCAAGUGGUUACGCCAAUCAAGUGGGGGUGUAUGAAGACCAGGCAGCUCCAAAGGGAUUUCCAGGUGACAAGGAACAGGAUGAAGGCAAUGAUGACCUGGUGAGGACAUACCCAAAUAAAGGUGAAGUUCCAACACCUCAUGGAUACCACAGUGGGGGUCUCGGCAAUGCCAAAGCCCCGAACAAUUACCCAGGAGACCUCGAAUAUGGCAGUAACAAAGAGCUGGAUGCUGUUGUCCCCAACAGGCAGCCAGAAGAAAUUUCAGGUGAAGAAAUUAAUGUAGCUCCUGGUAACUACCCCAAGGAUGACCAAUAUGAGGAUGCUGAAUAUGGGCAUCAUCCUGGCCAAGGUAAUCAUCGAGGAGGAGAUCACUAUCCUGAAAGGGAUAGCUAUCCCCAUGAAGGUGGAUACGCUGAGGAUGCUGGUUAUGCCAAUGACCACAGCUACCCAGAUCAAGGUUCGGGUAGUUUUCCCCAAGGAGGCAACUAUCCUCAAGGAAAUGCUUAUGAAGACAGGGCACCAUAUGAGAAUGCUUACACACCAGAAGGUGAUGCCAGUGACAAUCCAAAGGAGAGGACCCCUGUUUCCUCAAGUUACCCCAGCAGAUAUGAUAAUCAGGAUUAUGCUGAUGAUGAGGAACAAUACGGAGACAGCGGUCAGAUACCAUAUGGACAGCAAAGUAGCGAACCUUAUGAUCAAACACUCAAGGAUUCGCUUGAUUAUGGACAACCAACUGGUAACUCAAAUGAUACUGUCCCCACUGAUUCAUUAGACUAUGACAGGUCAGGUGAUGCUGCAAGGAACAGUGCUUCCCAAGGUCUCCCGGACACCCAAUCUGGAAAUUAUGCCCAGGACUCAUUAGAUUUUGGGUAUCCGGAGCAGGCAAGUGACACAGUACAUGCCAAUGAUACCGGUAAAAGAAAUGAUAUCCAAAGCAGCGGUGAUGCUGAUGCUCCGUAUGAUUCAUUAGAUGAAGAUGAGCCAUACAGUGUGCCAAAUAAUAUCCUACCCCAAAGGAACGGUGAAUCAGGUGAAGCCCAAGGGCCCAACGAUAACAAUUUGCAGGGGGAAUGGCCAAGAAAUCAGGAGCCAUUUGCUGUCUCGGAGUUGCAGUCAGAUGUAUCUGAAAGGAGCGGUGGUAGCAGUAACAAAUCGUCAGCUAAUUCAGUGAGAGCGAUUCCAAAUAGCUUUGAAUCAGAAAAGCCACUUGUUUCGCAGACUUCUCCCCAUGCUCAAGGAUCACCGGGAUCGCAAAACCGCCCACCUCAGGGGAGAAGGAAGACACCCUCUAGGUCUGGCAGUCGUGGCUUGGGAUCAAGAGGAUCCAGUCGCCCAAGUUAUUCAGAACUGGCCAGACAACGAGGUUCGGUGAAUCAAAAAGGCUCGGCCGGCUCAAACCAGAGCAGCAAAAGUAGAUCACCUGAGCAAGGGGACUCAGUGUCAGCAAACCAGAACCGUGCUAGGAGCCUGAGUAAUAGGAUAAAGACAACACCCAUCCCUGCUGAUGAGCUCUCUGCCAAAGAGUUCCUUAAGAGGACCCGGUCAAAGUCAGAUGCGACCGUUGAGAGGCCAAAGGUUGAACAUUCAAAUUCACAGAUUAUAAAGAAGAACGGAGAAGAGGUUCGAGUGGCUUACAUAUCUGACGACAGCGGUGAUGAAGGAGAACACUUCCUGGAUGACAAAGGAAGUCCAGUUGACCAUUUUGGCAAGCCUCUUUACAAGGAUCUCCAUGGGACGAGCAAGAAAGCUGAAGAACCAAAGCUUGAAUACCGGAUUAAACCAGUGCCACCAAAACAGAAGAGCCCCUUAGAGUUACAAAUUGUCAAUGCCAGGAGGACAUCUGCUGAUGCAGGUAAUAAAACACCUCAUGGUGGGAAAAUCACAAUAGCUAGGCCUUUCCAAGUGGAGGAACCUCUCUUAAAAAAGGAAGAGACAAAUCAAACAGGACUGUUGGAUGAUGCGCUCCCACCUCAAAAGAACACACCCAAAAUGAUCGAAGAACCUGUCACACACAAAUCCAUCGCACAACAGGAAGGGAUUAGCGAAUCAACUCAGACACCUCAAUUACAAGAUCGUAGCACUCAAAAAGAGGAGACAGACAGUCCAAGUGGAAGUGCUUCCAAAACUAGGGCACCCUUUGGAGAGGUGAGACUUCGUAGUGUGGGCACAAUUAUGUCUGGAAAGUCCAUGGGUCGAGGAAGAACUCCACCUGUUUUGGACAAUAAAGGUGAAGACCCUUACAGGGAUUUGAGGUUUGAGAGAGAUGAUGCACAAAAGCAUGGUAGAGACAACAAGUCUGCUAUUGACAGGGCAGUCAACAAAGAUAUUGAAGCUGAAAAGAGCAGUGUUAACGCAUCCCCACCACCAAAGACUAAGAUACCUCUGAGCAGCACCUACAGGAAAGAGGACUUUGAUAAACCAGAUGACUACCCAGCUGGGUCAAGGGGUGCUUCAGGAGCAAGCUUGCAGGAUAGGGGCAUCCAGUACACACCUCAGACAGACCAGGACAGACAGCAGCCAUCUUUGUCGCAGCCGUACAGCAGACCUGAUCCUGCAAUUCAACAACCAGUCCAGCAUCAGGAGGAGUACAAUAACCCGCAUCCUUUUUAUCCAAAUGCAAACAGCCAAGAUGCCUUCAAUCCGCAGCAAGGAUUCCCUGCCCCUGCACAGCAACCACCCAUCCAACAUAAUGCAGAUCAGCAUUUCAUGCAGCAGAGCUGGGAGCAGCAGAUGCCCAGUGUGCCUUGGAAUAAUACCUACCCACCGCAAGUGCCUCAGCAGUUAUACAAUAGCAAUCAGCCUGUGCAGAACGAUCCCCAGCAAGGGGGCCAUAAUCCCCAAGGGGGCUAUUAUAAUCAGCAGUAUGUUGGUUACAGUGCCCCACAACAGAAUCAAACACAAUAUUAUGAUCAGCAGCAGCCUCCUGAUGCAGGGUACCAGACUUACCCUGGUGGUGCACCACAGCAGGGGAGACCUGCAGGACCCCAGGACUACAUUGCUUCCCAACCCCCAAACAGGCCAUACCCCAAUCAGGGUGCACGGCCCGCACCUGGGUACUAUCCCAAUCCAAGCCUGCCAGGGCAAAAUGAACCCCCUCGGCAACGUGCCCCACCUAAGCCCAAACCAAAUUUCAUUGACCUGAACAAGUCCAACCUCACCCGAGGACCACCCAGACGGAAAUAUUCCGAGAUGCAGAAGAAGGUACCCACUCCAACUCGCAUCAACCCCAAGAAGCCUUUACCAGACAUAUCCCGGGAGAGUUCCCAGUACGAGGACCCUCUGGCCGAGAAUGGGCAUAACCUAGGAAGUGCCCAAACCUGGGCUCAUGAAGACUGGACCCGCCAGCUGAUCCAAGAUCAGCAAAACCUGCCUCUCAGACGGGGCCACUCGGACACCAACCUGUACAUCCAGAACCAAGGACCUGGUACCAUCCCACAAGGGUAUCAACCACAAGGAGCUACCUCUGUGCCUGGAUACAGCAAUGACGCUGGCCCAGGGUACAUGCAAGAUCCUCGAACCUUCCAGCCGGCGUACAAUCAGACCUAUCCUCCGCAGGUACCCCGCAAUCUCAACGGCCAACCCUACAGCUACUCGGCCGAUCAUGCCACCCAGUUUGCCCGGAACAAUGGGUUUGCCCGCCCACAGCUGAGCGGUCCUCCUGGUACCAAGGUAGCUUUCGCUGAUGAUUUCCGCAACAGUUUUGACUCUGACAUCAACCCAAUGGUGUAUGCCAAUGAGAUGACAGGCCCAGGCUACCAUCAUCUGACCAAGAGGACAAGUCCUUAUAAUGUGCUGCCUGAUAUACCCGGACAUCCUGAUCCAGACGGUACUUCACCCCUGCGCAAGAGUGACCCUGAUGGGUACAUGGCCCGCCUCCUGAAACAGAAGCAGCCACCCCAGUACAAGGAGUACACCCUCAAGGACUACCGUAACCUCAAGAAUGACAUCAGGCUGGGUGGACUGGGGCCCGACCCUGAACUCAUUUCUGAAAAGCAAGAGAAGGUGAAUCGGCAGCGGGAUUACGCCAAGUCCGUCAUGCAGCAGAACAAGAAACAGCUACAGCAGAGCAAGAGACUUUGGCCCAAGCAGGCCGAGUCUCCCAAAGAUGCCACACCUUCUAAGAGGGAUAUUGCCCUGGCGUACUCUCAGCGGGUGCCCAGGCCGCGGUUCAGGCCCGAUUCACCUACUGACGGGGACGACUGGCCCAAAGACUCACGGACGUUGGCCAUUGAGUAUUCCAAGACGGUCCCCAAACCCCGUAUGCCCACCCCGCCCGAGGUUUGGCACGAGCGCAUGUUUGGGGCGUCGUCCCGGCAACAGGCCAAGGAGGAGGUGGAGCAUGAGGAGAGAGCAGCCUCAGAGAUGGCCAGGCUGGAGGAGCUGAGAGCCCGUCACGAGAAAGAGAAGGAGGAGGUAGAGAGACUGAGGACGGAAGUACUCUCUUGAGAGGACCUUUGGAAUUGACGGACUUGAAGUAUUUGGACAUCAUGGUUGAAAGUACUGGUACUAGUGGUCUGUGAGGACAUCAGCAUUAAUUUCAGAAAUUCUGGAAACAUUUUGAGCAUCUUGUUCCUGCAGCUUAGGAAGGUAUUCUGACUGAGGACGUACAUGUAUGGUACAGCUUCAGAGGACAUCAGUCAUUUCAACCAAUUUGGAACAUCAUGGCCCAGCACUUAAAAAGAGGAUGUCAGGCUGAGGACAGCUACUGCGGCUUGUGAAGAUAUAAGAAUCGCCUCUGCAAAUGGAAUCUCACCAUGCUUGGAAUAUCAUCGUCGGAUUGAUUACAGCAGGAUAGAGCCAAGCAGAGAUGUAGUGGCCUUCAUGAGUACCAUGGAAGCAGUGUUGUCAUAGUAUAAACUGGGACCGGUGUUAGAGUUAAGUCCAUCACAAUUCCUUUCACAAGUCCUUUCUGAACUCCAGUCACAGGUCCCUCACAAAGCUAGUCAUAAGUAACAGCAUGAACAAUGACAAAAGAAUGCUUUUGUCACAGCUCCCAAGCUACUGUGGAGAGCAAACCCUAAUUUAUCAAAUAUGUAUCAUCAAUGUUGGACGAAGGAUGAUUGCAUGGGCAGUACUAAAGUGUGUCAAAUCGAAGAAAGUUUAUUUUGAAGUUGAAGUUGCAAUCAGCCCUGAGCAGAAGCACCCCCUUGUCGGUUGAAAAGAGCUGUGUUGGUCAAGAGUGCUCAUUUUGGUGGUAGUGAUGCUACCACUAUGCAUGCAUUACUUAGUCAUUCAUGCGUCGGCGAUGUUCAGUUCUGACCACAGGAGCCUCUGUCGCUAAGACACGUUUGCGCCCUCUAUUGGUCCAGCUCAGGGCUCGUUGCAGUAGCUGUAGAUUACGUCCUGGCAUAAUGUGGUGAUUUGGUCGAUUUAUACUGAGGAGAAUAAGGCCUGGUUGGUUUUACUAACCUCCGAUUUGUUUGUAAAUAGAUGGUAUUUUAUUGUGAUGCUUUGCCGUUCUGUUUGCCAACACGCACCUGAAAUGUUUUCCCACAGCACACUAAUAUUUUGUUUGUUCAUGUACUGUAUAUAGCCAAGAAUCCAGUGCUUGCUUGUUUGUACAGAGGAAAAAUGUUCUCACUACUAGAAGGAGAAAUAUAUUAUUUUAUUACCAUUAAGGUUAUGUAUUAAAAGCCAAUCCAGUGUGAUUUAUACCAUUUCUGGUUGUAUAAAAGCUGUACAUUCUAAUAUUUUGGAAUGAAAUCUACCGUCCAAGCAUUUCUUAAAGAGAUAUUUAAAGGAAUUUUGUGCUGACUACCAAAAAGUUUUUAUUGUGUUCUGACAGUACCAAAACGUCCGUUCUUGAAGCUCUUGGUGUGGUAUCAGAAGUAAUAAAUUAUAAAAU